AGCGGGCUGAGGCCGGUCGUGUGCCAGGCUCACCGGCUCGCACGAGCUGAUCCAGAGCAAAGAGAACCGCGUCCAGGUGGACCCGCGCGCUCCCAGAACCUCAGAACCGAACCGAACCUGCGCUCCGACAUGGACCCGGUCUUCUCGGACAGCAGCAGCUGCGACCCGUUCCCGAACACGGACGACGAGGACUGCCGCGGCGCGUCUCCGCGGCGCGCGUCCUCGCCGCCCGAGCAUCUUCAGAAGAAGAAGCGGCGCCGCGGGCGCGCGCGCAGCAACGCCAGCACGCAGGUGGUGAAGAAGAACCGGCGGCUGAAGGCCAACGACCGCGAGCGGAACCGGAUGCACAACCUGAACGACGCGCUGGACGCGCUGCGGGGGGUCCUGCCCGCCUUCCCGGACGAGACCAAGCUCACCAAGAUCGAGACCCUCCGGUUCGCCCACAACUACAUCUGGGCCCUGUCCGAGACCAUCCGGAUCGCGGACCUGCAGGCUCCGGUUCUGCUCAGCCCCGCGCGCAGUCCGGACUCCUGCUCCUGGAGCUGCAGCGGCUCCUCGUCCUCCUCCUCCCCGGACCACUGCGCCUCCUCCCCAGGCAGCCCCGGGGGGCCGGAGGACCUCCUGCACCCGGAGCGGCUGCUGGGGUUCCGCGGCUUCCUGCCGGGGGUCUACUGAGGGAGGGGUCCGGAACCACAGACCUGUCCGGACACGCGCGCGCACAGCUGGUGUCGGAACCAGCAGGACUGAUCUGAUCUGAGGAUUUUAUUAGAGACAAAGUUUAUUUUCAGAUUUAGUUUUCUUCAGACCCCCUGACCCCUGACCUCUGACCCCUGACCUCUGACCUCUGACCUCAGUCCGGUCCAGCAGGUGAACUUCAGUUAUUAAUUAGUAAAAACUGAUGAAACAGAAAAUCCAGUUUCCCGCUCCGACAACAGACUGAAAGGAGCCGCCGCCCCCCUCACGCGCGCGCGCACCAUGUUUGUUAGUUUGUUUUUAUUUAUUUGUUUGUUUGUCACAUGAAAUUUGUACAUAAAGAGAUGUUUUUAUUAUA